AAAACAUGAAGGUCAUAAGUUUGCUUUUUUUCUUCGUUGUGGAAAUCGUAAUGAUGGAAAGGUGCUCAGGAAACCGCAAUAGUUCGUAUAUAAUUUUGGCUCCAAAUAUCAUUACACCGGGACAAAUCCUCAAAGUCAAGGUUACCAUUUUGAAWACAUCAGGACCUGUUGAUGUGAAGGCAGGAAUCAUGGACGUCAAUAACAAAAAGCUUAUUGCGAGCAAAAAUGGAUCCUUUCAGCCAGGCUCAACUGGAGAACUGAAUAUAAAGAUACCCAGUGCAAUACCCUGUACAAGGGUUUGUUCAUUCUUUGCUAAAGGCCAUUCUUCUGGUAGUCUACGAUUCAACAGACAUWCUCGUAUACAAGUACGUCAAAAGAAGAUGUCAAUCUAUGUGCARACAGAUAAAGGAAUAUAUAAACCUGGACAAACUGUUCGCAUGAGGGUAUUCGCACUUUUCYCGGACCUWACCAGCUACAAAAAGAAGAUGACAAUUUUUAUUUUGGAUCCUAACAACAACAAGAUGGUUCAGUGGKUAGACUUACAGAACCCAGUAGGGAUCAUAAAGAAGGAUUUCCCACUUUCCUCGCAACCCAUAAAGGGACGUUGGCGAAUAGUUGUCAAGGCUAAUAGAGAAACUGCCUAUCGUAACUUUGAAGUGAAGCACUACGUUCUUCCAAAGUUUGAAGUCUCAAUCACCCUGCCACCGUAUGUCCUAAAGAAAGACACAAAACUGACAGGUCAUGUGACAUCUAAAUAUACAUAUGGUAAAAGCGUUCAUGGAACAGGCAUUUUAGAAGUUUACUUUAGAAGCUUUGGACGAAAGAGGAAAUCCAUUCGCAGAAACUUUGAGUUAAACGGAACGUCGUCCAUCACAUAUGACAUCGACGAAAUCAAAGAUCUAUUCCACAAAACAUAYACUUGGGCACGAGAAAGCUACCUCUAUCAGYACAGAUAUCUGCUGACAUUCAACGCUACUGUGACAGAUAGCCUAACUGGAAGAACAGCCAGUAACAAAAACACCGUYACAUUUUACCAGACAGAUAUAACCCUCGAUUUCCCUUCUUUUAAUCCGUCAAACUUUAAACCUGGACUUCCUUUUAUUGUCGUGCUUAAAGUCACUAAACCAAACGGUCAAAUGCAUCAYCCAGAAUACUUGAAAACUUUGACCAUACAUACCGAGACCAAGUUCAAGUUGAAUGGGAAUGCUACAAGAAGAACACAUCGCCCCUCCCCCCAGGGGACUAUUGUCAUAGUUUAUGAGGUGCCCAGUUUCGCGAAAUUUGUUAAUAUUAAGGCUUCAUAUCGUAACUCCACACGCAUUUUAACCAGAGCUUGGUUUAGUGCCACGAAGUCAUUGUCACCUAGCAACUCUUUUAUCAAGCUCUCUACCAGUACCCCUUCUGUAAAGUCAGGAGACAAUAUCCACUGUCAGAUUACAAGUAACUUUUUAAUGUUGACAUUCACGUAUUUGGUGCUAGGACGUGGUGGCAUUCGYCAUACUGGAAGUGGUGCAAUACAAGGAAAUGGGGACUAUAAUGCUACCUUCAAUGUGACCUCCCUGCCUAUAAUGUCCCCGUCGGCUCGUAUUGUGACUUAUACUGUGACAAAAGACGGUGAAGUUGUGGUUGACAGCCUGACAGUGUCAGUUGAGAAUCCAUUCAAAAAUAAGGUUUCACUCAAGUUCAGUACCAACACCUCGMGACCAGGAGAUGAAAUCAGGUURGUUGCCAAGGCAACUGCGGGUUCWCAAAUUGCAUUCCUUGCUGUCGAUAAAAGUGUUCUACUUAUGAAGAAAGACAACGACAUCAGUCAAAAUCAGGUUUUACGUGAGCUCCAAUCAUAUUCUACUGGCACGGGAUGGUAUCCGUGGUGGGAUUGGGGAUGGUGGGGAUGUCAUGUGCCGUUUUAUGUUGGUGGAGUGGAUGCRCACUCGGUGUUCAAGAACUCUGGCCUGAUUGUUUUCUCCGAUGGAUUAGUGUACAAGAAACCAAUACCAAUAUGGCGAUUUCGAAUUCUCGACAGUGUGCGAGCUGAUGUUGAGACUGAAGAGGCUGCUCUUCUUUCUCCAAAAUCCUCCCCUAAGAAAGUUCGAUCGUUCUUUCCAGAGACUUGGAUUUGGGCUGAUCUCAAUGCUAGUACCAGUGGUGAAGCUGAGCUAACCACCAUGGCUCCUGAUACCAUCACCUCAUGGAUUGCAAGCGCUUUUGCUAUAUCACCAACUACGGGAUUUGGAAUUUCUCCUUUGAAACCAAAGCUUCAGGUUUUCCAGCCGUUUUUCAUAUCAUUGGAUCUGCCAUAUUCUGUUGUACGAGGAGAAGAAGUAGCAAUCAAGGUUUUGGUGUUCAACUACUUAAGCGAGGAACAAAAGGUUACAGUAACCUUUAAAGCUUCUAAAGACUGGUCAAUCGCUCAAAAUAUCACCAGUGACCGCAAYGAGGAACCUAAAGAUUUCAAGGAAAUCCUCUUAGUUCAUGCUGGGCAGGGAAAGUCGGUAGCCUUUCCUAUUGUCCCUAAAGUACUUGGUGGAAUCAUUCUUACGGUGCAUGCGCARUCUGGUAUGGCAGAGGAUGCUAUUCGUAGAACUUUAUUGGUUGAGCCUGAAGGAAUACCGCAGGAAUAUUCAUACAGCUUUCUGGUGGAUCUCAAUUCGACGUCUUCCUUURCGAAGGACCUUCAAUUGUCUCUCCCAGAGACAGUAGUUGAUGGCUCAUCCCUMAUAAAGGUCACAUUAAUUGGUGAUAUGCUUGGUUCCUCAUUCAACAAUUUGGAUAACUUACUGCGCAUGCCCUAUGGYUGUGGAGAACAAAAUAUGGUCAAUUUUGCUCCAAAUAUUUACAUCUUGAAAUAUCUGCAAGCCGUAAAUAAAGUCACGCCUGACAUCAAAGACAAAGCAGAGAAUUUCAUGUUGACAGGCUAUCAAAGAGAACAGACCUACAGACAUAGAGAUGGUUCUUAUAGCGCAUUUGGUGAACGAGACAAAGAAGGCAGCAUUUGGCUGACUGCCUUUGUUGUCAAGUCCUUUGCACAAGCCAGGAAGUUCAUCUUCAUCGAUCCCAAUUCCUUAGACCUGAGUCUACGGUGGAUGGUGCAAAAGCAAAACAAGGACGGUUCUUUUCCUAAAGUGGGAUACGUCCACGGCAGCUAUCUGAAGGGUGGUUUAAGAGGAGAGCUACCGCUKACAGCCUUUAUUUUGAUAGCCCUUUCAGAGACAAAAAGCUCUUUGGAGACAUUGAUCCUGGCAAAGAUCCUAGCKGUCCGCUAUCUGGAAAARAACCUAAACAAUAUAAURAUAAGCAGAGAUGUAUAUGGCCUGGCCAUAACCGCAUAUGCACUCAAACUAGAGAAUAGUCCAGCAAGCAAUAGGGCAMUGUUGGCGCUGUUGAGCCUUGCAAUACGGAAAGAUGGAACUCUCCACUGGUCAGUUGAGAAGAAAAGCCUCGAUAAAUCGACCAGUUUCCGUCCUUAUUACCGACCUCGCUCUGCUGACAUCGAAGUAACCGCAUAUGCUUUGUUGACACUUUCGCUUUUCAACGAUAUCAAUAAUGGGCUCCCUGUCUUGCGAUGGCUAUCACGGCAACGGAACUCUCURGGGGGAUACGCAUCGACUCAGGACACAGUAUUAGGAAUCCAGGCCAUCUCAGAGUUUGCUGCCCGUGUUUACUCACCAAAGAUGAAUUUCAGUCUCACACUUUCUCACAGUGCAUUGAAGAGCUUCUCCAGGACAUUGAAUGUACAUGACGGGAACUCAAUGAUAUUGCAACAAGUGUUGGCAAGUAACAAUCUCGAUCCACCAUCAGUGUUGCUAGAGGGAGAAAAAUGAAACGGCUGUAAAGGCAGCAGAAUGGGAAAGUUUUCUGCUUCCA